AUGAUCGGAGAGGCCUUGGUGCCAUACUACCGGCAGCUGCUGCCAGUCUUCUGCCUCUUCAAAGGCAGGAAUAUUCCUACGAAGGACAUGGGUGACUACAUGGACUAUGGCCAGCGCAAGAACCAGAACUUGGGAGAUCUGAUUUCAGAGACCCUGCAGAUCUUGGAGGAACAUGGAGGCGAAGACGCCUUCAUCAACAUCAAGUACAUGGUGCCCACGUACGAAAGCGCCGUUCUCUGUGGAGCAUAG